GAGUGCGUUGAGAGGAGUGGUGGUGUGGUGCCCUCUGCGAUUUUGUUGUAUCUAGUGAGCUGUUUGUGAAUUUUGCUUUUGAUUGGUUUGUGUUUGAGCUUGUGUGUGUCUAGAUCAGUGUGUGUUUGGGGGAGGAUUGCUUGUGUGUGUGUGUGUGUGUGUGUGUGUGUGUGUCUGUGUGUGUGUGUGUGUGUGUGUGUGUAGUAUAUGUGUUGUGUUUUCAGUUUACUUGCAUGUGAGUACCUGAUUGUGUGCAUUGUGUUUUAAGAUUACUUGUGUGUGAGUACCUGUUUGUGUGUGAGUGUGUGUGAGUGUGUGUGUUGUGUUUUAAGUUUCCUUGUGUGUGAGUACCUGUUGGUGUGUGUGUGUGUGUAGAUAUACCUGUGGGUGACUGUGUGUGAAUCUGUGUGUUUGUGUCCUGUAAGUACACGUGUGGUAGGUGUGAGAACACCCGUGUGAGGGAAAGUUUUGAGGCCUUCAGUCAACUUGGCCAUUGUUUCUAAGGUAGCAUUAAUACUUUGUUACCUCAAAUGAGCUCUGAGAGCGAACAAGAGUCAAAAAAGCUCAGAUCGGAGCCCAGCCCCUCUGGCAUGGAGAGUUUCCACUCUCAAUAUGUAGUUUUAAAUACCAUCGGCCAGGGAGGCUACGCCAAAGUCAAGCUGGCGAGGCACCGCCUCACUGGCAAGCUCGUUGCUGUCAAACUAAUACGCAAGAGGGAGCACUGGUGCCAUCCGGUCACCUCUGAGGUAGACAUAUUGAAGAUGACCAACCAUCCCAACAUCAUCUCUCUGUUUCAAGUCAUUGAGACUAAGAAGAGAAUAUACCUCAUCAUGGAGUUGGCUACAGGUAAACUACUUUAUGAACACAUCCAAGAAGCUGGUUACCUGCAGGAGGAUGAGGCACGGAGAAUAUUCAAACAAAUAUUAAGUGCUAUGAGCUACUGCCAUGACCACGGGAUCAUUCACAGAGAUUUAAAACCUGAUAAUAUUAUGAUAGACAAUAAUGGAAAAAUAAAAAUUCUUGAUUUUGGGCUCGGCACCCAAGUGAAGUCUGGGCAAAAGCUGACCUUUCACUGCGGGACCUAUCUAUUUAGUGCUCCCGAAGUACUCCUCCGGAGACGAUAUGAUGGCCCCAAAAUCGACGUAUGGACCCUAGGGGUUGUAUUAUUUUAUAUGACAACAGGAAUGGUCCCGUUUGAUGAUGCCAGCACACCACAGUUGCAAAAGAAGAUUGUGUUAGGAAACUAUUCUAUCCCCUGUUGCCUGUCAAUAGAGCUCCAACACAUGAUUAGUUACCUACUGACAACGAAUCCAAUACACAGGCCCACCAUCACUGAAGUAAUGAUGCAUCCUUGGCUCAAAAAGGACUCAGGGGGGUUCCCAGAUCCUUGUGAGAAACAGAUCCCCCUCAGGCCAGACCCAGCCAUUGUAAAAGCCAUGGAAUACCUUGGAUUUCAAGCAGAAGACAUUAAAGACUCACUAUGCCAUAAAAAAUACAACCGGGCCAUGGCUUCAUAUUGUUUUUUCAAAGAGCAGGCUCUUCAGGAGUGUGACAGCCCUACCAGGGCUCAACCCAUGAAUCCAUCGAAAACACCAUACCCUUCUUUUGAUUAUCCUGCUACUUUCCACCUGGAACUAAGGAGAAGAAGCGAGCCCAUCUUGUUUUCUUCCUCCUCCAACAGUCAAAUGACUCCCCAUGGCCAGAAGGCUAAGCAGAGAGAAAACAGAAGAGUCAGUUGGCCUGGUGUUCUUCCCUGCAGGUCACUCCAGACUACACCAACAAUGGGCCAAGCCCACAUACGUUUUAGGAGUGUCCCCUUCGGGUACUCAAUGUGUUUCAGACAGAGCAGCAGCACCAGUGCCUCAGCAGAGCACAAGCCCGUCCCCAGCAGGGGCCAGCCUACAGGUUUCAAGGGAUGGUUUAAGAAGAUAGGAAAUACCCUAAGGAAGCUUUGUUGUUGUAUACCAGCAAGAAACGAACGUCUCCUGGGGGAGAAAAGAGUCUCCCCACAGACAUAAAACACCAGGAGGGCAUCCAGAGAACAAACAUCCAGCCUGGCCCAGGUACAUUUCAGUAUUUGAAUGUAUCUAUUUUACUCCAGUCUGUGUCAACAGCAGAUUAUAAACAUGGGUGUAUGGUACCAUGCAUGGGGAACCUAUGUGUAGACAGCAUGAGAUGAUGGUUAAAUGGAACCUACCAACAGAUCUAGCAUCCCACAAUGUCACUCCCAUGAGUAUCCUGCGCGUGGGAAAUUUAAUAAACUUUGAACUAGGAGACAGCAGGAGGGCACUAACCAUGCUAGGAGGAGGAAGUAGAAGGAAGAGGAAGAUGCUGAGGGAAGAGAGGGUGGCGUGGAGUGGGAACUAGGAGAUUGGGGGAGGAGGUUCAGACAGGAGGAGGCAGCUUGGGAGCAGUGUGGAACAGGGUGACCACAGCUGGAGAGAUGUCCUGUGCAGCUGAGGUUCCCAGUGUCCCUCUCACGUGUGUUGUUGCCUUUUAGAAGAUCACUAGAGGAUGCUGGAUGCUACAGUUCUACAAUCACAAUGUUGGAGAGGACCCAGGUGUAGACACUGACCUGCAGGAGGGAGCCUUGUGGAAAGCCAUCAUGUUCCAGGUCCAUCACAUAUUGCCCAGAGCCCAGAGUCCAGCCAGGAGGAAGGGAGCAAAUGAUGAAACUCCAGUUGGUAGAAGGAAUGAAUUCCUACCUCAAAGGCAUCACUAUUCAGGGCAGUGGCUGAAAGCCUGUCCAAAGCUGGUAAAGACAGGAGCCCCUAAGCCUACCCAGGGUCACAUCAGACCCUUCCUCUCGGUGCACGUUCCCACCUCACUCUUAGUAGAAGACUCAAGGCUUCUUGACAUGUUUGUUAUGAUGCAGAGUAUAAAAUAGAUGUUUGUGAAUGAUG